AAACAGAAAGCGCCUCCGAUACUCCCAACGGCGAUGGCGGCAACGGCCAUCUCCGGCGCUUCCAUAAGCUCGUUCUCGCGGACUGCCUUCUCUAAAGUAUCGCAUUCAGACCAAGCGGCGUUCGGAGUCAGUCACAGCCGCCGGAUCGACCUUAACAAAGAAUUUCGGAGAUCAUCCAUUAGGGUUUCGAUUCAGGAGGACUACCAUGGAGGAGACGUGAAGAAGAGGGCUAAAGCUCUCGAGUUGCGGAGGGUUUUGGGGGACUACUCGGACUCUUCUGAGAACGUUUCCAGAGAUUCACAGCCACAACCAAGUAGGCAGACUCACUCCUUGUUCCUUGUUCUGAAAUGUGCGCUGUUUGGAUGCCGAUAAAAUAUUGGAAAAGAAAAAGGAAUUGAAUGUUCAGAAACCUGCUUGACGUUGGUUCUUGGGAGCCUUUGUCUGCUCAUGAUUUGUCAAAUUCAGCCAGGGAUGGGUCUAGAAUUCGCGUGGCAUACCAGGGAGUUAGUGGUGCAUACAGUGAGUCGGCAGCAGAGAAAGCAUACCCGAAUUGUGAAGCAGUCCCCUGUGAACAAUUUGACACAGCUUUUUUGGCUGUUGAGCACUGGCUUGUUGACAGGGCAGUUUUGCCUAUUGAAAAUUCCUUAGGGGGUAGCAUCCACCGGAAUUAUGAUCUUUUGCUUCGACAUAGAUUGCAUAUUGUUGGGGAGGUGCAACUUGCUGUUAGGCAUUGUUUACUAGCCAAUCAGGGUGUUGGAGUAGAAGAUUUGACAAGGGUUCUUAGCCAUCCUCAAGCUCUUGCUCAGUGUGAGAACACACUAACAAAGUUGGGAGUGGUCCGAGAAGCUGUAGAUGAUACUGCUGGAGCUGCAAAGUUUGUUGCUUUCCAUAAACUCAAAGACACAGGUGCAGUUGCUAGUUUCGGUGCAGCUGGAAUCUAUAAUUUGAAUGUCCUUGCUCAAGAUAUUCAGGAUGAUUCAGAUAAUGUUACUCGCUUCCUAAUGCUGGCAAGAGAGCCUAUUAUUCCAGGCACAGAUAGGCCUUUCAAGACAAGCAUUGUUUUUUCCCUAGAAGAGGGGCCUGGUGUGCUUUUCAAGGCUCUGGCUGUUUUUGCCAUGAGGAAUAUCAAUCUUUUAAAGAUUGAAAGCCGUCCACAGCGUAAGCAGCCCCUCCGUUCAGCUGGUGAAAGCAGUAAUGGGUCUCCAAAAUACUUUGACUACCUUUUCUAUGUGGAUUUUGAAGCAUCAAUGGCUGACCCCAAUUCUCAGAAUGCCCUCAAGCAUUUAAAGGAAUUUGCUACAUUCUUGAGAGUGCUGGGAAGUUACCCAAUGGAUGUUAGCCAGAUAUGAGUGCACCUUGAAUCUGCGUGCAGGUGAUUGAAGAAUAUUUAUAGCCAGGGUGGAGUCUCUGCUGCUUUUUCUCAUCUCCUGUUUGGUAUACGAGAAAGUUGUUCAAGCUUUUGGAGCCGGACAAUUCAGAGAUUUUGGUUGUAGAGGUAGAAAAAUACUUAAAAAGUGCAUAAUACUGGAGGGAGGUUUCAUGGAACAAAGUUGACACGGUUGAUUUCAUCAAGGCAGAAUAGUGAGAAAAAAAAGUUGGCGUAUACAUACAUGAUAAAAAAGGAGCAGCAUAUUUGUUCUUUGUUUCGUCUUGCUAAUAGUUAAUUAUAGACUUUGCGGAUUUGACGGUUUUUCUAUUGCAGUUGGUAACAAUGUAUCGUGUUAGUUUUGGGUAGUUCCUUUUGAGUUGUGGAUUGACAGCGCGCACCAGGUGGUCAUAUUGUCAUUUUGUUAUAUGUUUGAUGAAGUUAUGUAGGGAUAUAAAAAUGGGUUAACAAUAAAUGGAUCGGAGUUAAACGUGUUUGGAUU